UGCUUACAAUCCACUGUCAGCAUAAAUUAUUUCUUUGAUUUUGAAGCUCUUGGCGUUGUCACUUCACAUCGAAAUAAAUGAAAAAAAUACAUUAAAAUUCGUUUAGUAUGAAAUUCCUAGGAAAUUCAAGCAAAAUUAACCGUUGAUUGAGUAGAGCAGUUUUUUAUUUGAAAGCCUCAAGCUGCAGCAGCCGGCGCCUCCAGAUACUACGUGUUCUUCCUCUUUUGUCGCAGUUCCACAAACACCGACUCCAGUUUCGGCAUCAAUACCACCACCACCAGCACCGCCACAGCCGCCGCCUCCACCCCAGUCUUUGCUGCCGCGAUCACGGACAACGCCCUUCGGCGCCCUCUCAUCGCUACCAUCGACUUCAGCGACAUUCCCAGCAAUAAGACUAAGGACCAGCGGCAUGCAAGGACUAUCGGAGGCGACGGCCAUACGUCUAUUCAACAGUGUGGUGACAACAGAACAAUUAGCCGGUCCAACAGCGGCACUCAAUGCCAACUCCAUUACAUCGCUCAAUGCGGUGGACGAGUGCAAGUCGAUUACAACCAUACAAUCGACGAAUGAGUUCGGCAAUGCUUGUCGCAUAUGCCGUUGCAAUCGUAGCGACAUGCAGUUGUCGCGCUGUCCCUGCCAGUGUCGCGGCAGUGUGGGGUUCGUGCACAUGCCUUGCUUGAAGCGUUGGAUUUUGCAUCGACGUGAUACGCGCUGUGAGAUAUGCAACACACCGUUCGAUGUGCCGGAUGAGAAGCUGAACGUGCGCCGCAUGCUGAACGCGCUGUUGUGCGCGCGUUGUGGCGGUGCCAUCAUGAAGCAUCUACUAUUCAGCGUGUCGCUGCUGCCGCUGGCUCAUGUCGUCCUGCAGCAGGUACUAAUUUGCAUGGACAACAUUAACGCGAGUCCCAACGAACAUUUGACGGUGCAGGAAGUGAUGGUGGCUUCAUGCGCGCUUCUGACAUCAAGUGCGCUCUUCUUCCACUUCUUUGAGUUCAUAACAACGCGCUUUCUGAUUAUUCGAAACAUAUUGCAUCAGUGGUGGAUGUUUGGCAACCAGGAGAACUUCACAAUCAUCGAGGUGGACAGUGAAUAUUUUGAUGUCUUCUGAAGUGACCAAUGCAAUGCAAACGAAUAGUUUGAAAACACUCGAGUAUUCGAAAUAUAAAAAUGUAUUAGACAAAAAUUGUAUAAAGUAGUAAAUAAAGAGAAAAUCACGAUGAGAGCGUUCCUUGCCAAA